AUGCGCCACGGCGAGGCGCGGAGCGGCGCGGACAAAGGCGGGCCCCGCCGACUGUUUGCAGGGGUAGAGGUCGUCAUUAAAGAGAAUUUUGAGACCAGAUUUUUAGAGGUGCAAGUGCCAGGUAUUAAGCUGUUCAAGAAUAUCAUGCCAGAACCGACUCCAGAAGUGCCCCGGUGCAUCCUUGUCUGCGCAGCCAGCGGUGUCAAAAGCCCUCGUCGCAUCGCUCCACUCCUUGAGAUCUGUGACUCUUGCGUCCGCUCUGCUGCAGAGCGUGACAGCUUUUGCAGCUAUUCGUGUACCGCGUGUCAAGAGCGAGUUGGUCUUGUUGCAGGGGACCACCUGACGGUGUGCCCGCAGGGGCCGACGUGCUGUACGCAGGAGAUGGAGACGCGGCUGCAGCAGCAGAGCCUCCGCGAGUUCGACCGCGCCGUCAAAGACUCGCUGUCCAAGCUGGCGGGCCUCCUCAGGACGCGCGCCACGCGCUUCGACGAAUUUUUCAAGAAACUUCUGACUCAGUCAAAACGUGAUUUCCAUGAGAUGUUCAAGAGGACGUACGGCAUCAUAUAUGAACAACAUUCUUAUGUUUUCACGGAUCUUUUUGAGGAGCUUGAGCGUUAUUAUGCCCGGGGAAAUGUGGCACUUGCUGAUGCUCUUGACAAUUUUUUCAGUGUACUGUACCAGAAGAUGUUUACUGUGUUAAACGCACAGUAUCAGUUUGAAGAAACGUACCUGCGAUGCGUCAGUGAGCACAUGGAAGAGUUGAAGCCAUUCGGUGACGUCCCUCACAAGCUGUCUAUACAAUUAAAGCGCUCCUUUGUUGCUACACGUACAUUUGCCCAAGCGCUUAGUGUAGCGAGUGAUGUUGUCAACAACAUGGUUAUGAUUGCCCCGAGCCAAGACUGUAUCCGUGCUCUCACAAAAAUGACAGGUUGCCCAGCUUGUCAGGGGCUGCCAGAACUGAAAGCGUGCAAUAAUUAUUGUAUAAAUGUUAUGAAAGGCUGCUUGGCAUAUCAUUCGGAACUGGAAACCGAUUGGAACACUUUUGUUGAUAUUAUGGACAAAGUAGCUGAGAGGCUGCUGGGACCAUUCAACAUUGAGAUGGUAGUGGAGCCUAUUGACAUAAAAAUCUCAGAAGCUAUCAUGAAUUUCCAGGAAAAUGGGCAUGAAAUAUCACAAAGGGUAUUCAGUGGUUGUGGAAAACCAUUAUUGGGAAGACGAAGGAGGCGUGAUGCUUCUGAACUUAGUUUUGAUACUUUCAACAUGGGUGCAGACAGUGAUAACCUAGAUGACAAUGAUGAUGAUGGUGGAAGUGGUAGUGCAAAAUUGACAAAACUUAUCAAAGAUAUCAAGUCAAGGGUACAAGAUACAAAAAUGUUCUGGUCACAUUUACCAUACCAAAUAUGCAACAAUGAUGCUGUAGCUGCUAGUCCUGCCAAGGAAGACAGCUGUUGGAAUGGAGCAAUGAAAGCCAGGUAUGAACCCCAGAUAACAGGUGACGGAAUCAGCAACCAACAGAGUAAUCCAGAAGUCAAUGUUGAUGUAAGUCACCCUAGCAGUCUGCUGAAUGAACAGAUGUUUACACUCAGAUUAAUCACCAGUAAACUGAAAAGUGCAUUCAAUGGGCUUGAUGUGGACUGGAUGGACAUGGAUCCUGAAGAUGUAUCAUCUGGAGCUGGUAGUGGAUCUGGUGAUGGAAACACUGAGCUCGAUGAUGAUACCGAGGAUGGAGAUGUGGAUGAGGGUUCUGGUGAUUUUGAUUAUGGGCGAGGUGGUUCUGGUGGACGCCCUGGUGGAGUAGGAGGUGGCCCAUAUAGGCCACAAGGUGGUGACGAGUCAGGCAGAGGUGCUGCUGGCCCUGAUAGGCAGCGACCCAAGAACACCACUUCGGGUGGCAAUGGGCAUAUUAGGGAACCUGUUAUCUCUGUAACACGUGCUGUUACUUCAUACCUCCUACCAAUAGUAGUCAUGUGGUUUGGAGGUAUAUUUUCUGAUUGGCUGUGAUCCUCAACAUUACGCUGCUUUGCAGAGUUUUGGAGUGUAUUGGUUGGUGUAAAUCCCACUAUAAUGACAUUGAGAAACUAAUGAAAUAUGAAAUAUUUAAUUUGUCAUGGCAACAUGACAUCAACAAUGGACCUCCACAUUAAUGAGAGCUGUAGCAUAUGUGCGUAAAUAAAAACUCUUCGUGUCUCAAACUGGACUACUUAAUUGUGAAAUCUUGAAGUUCUAGGAAAUGAGAUGAAGUGAGAUUUAAAUGUGUGUUAGUGGCUUUUAAAUGCACAAGAACACUGCUUCAAGCAGUGACAAACAUUUUUGUGAAUGAUUUUAAUGUAUAUUUUAAUACUUUCUUUGUAUUUAUUAUACUUUUUGUUACUGACAAACAUAGUAACUGAAAGAUAGCAAAAAUGUCGUAAGUGAUUUAUCUCUUUCUUCUUGUGUUGGUGACCAGAAGGCACUGAUACAUUUUCUGUAAAACAAAAUAGGAAUGGUAUAUCAAUAGAAUCAUUUUAUUGACACUGCCACUAAUAAUUAUAUCCCAGAUUAUUUUGUAAAUCAAAAUGCAUUUCACUGGUUGUUAGAAAUUAUUGUGAGGAAAGCCUUGACUUGCUGACUUUUGUGACAAAGAGGAUUUUAUACAGUAUUUUAGAUUAAAAAUGAGAGUGAAAUAUUGUUGUUAAAUUUGAUGGAUUUUGAAAAUGUUCAUAUGGAGAAUGAUAACAUUAAGAAAUUGUGUAACUUUAGACAGCUCAUUCUUACAAAGAUUGCAUAGAAAUUGUUGAUUGAUAACGGAAUAUGUACGUUGGAAGGGUGAAUAUGUUUCCAUAAUAUUGUGAACUUUGGAAGACAAAUCAAUGCUAAAAAUGCUGAUCCCAUGAAAUAAAGUUGUGGUUCCGUCAUAGGUAUUUCAGAGGGAUCUUUUAGUUUUUAGAAAAACUUAUGCCUUCAGUUCUGAACUUUGUCUUCCCAUAAAUUAUUUUGAGAUUAUCAUGUUGGAUCUUAUAAAUUAUUUUUCUGCAAAACUACUAAACUACUUUACUGAAUUGUUCUUUUCUGACAGAUGUGUAUGACUGUUUAAUUUUAAUGCUGACAGGAAUCCAUAAAGCUUCAGUUAAUGAUAUUAAAAAAUUUUGCUUCAAUUGAUCUUCACCAUUGAGGUCUAAUAUUAUUGCUGUAAUCUCCUACUGCAUAAUCCUGAGACAUAUUUCAUAGCCUCAGUUUCUAGUCCAUCCAAUAAGUGAUGUAUAAAAAAAGGCAAAAAUACUCAGGAAGGCAAAUGCAUGGAGACUUGUAAUAAUACAGAAUUGAAAAAUGACUAUUAUGCAGGAUGCUGCUUGUUGAAAUAAUAACCAUGUAUUUUAAAAAUUGUAUUUGAAUAAUGAUACUGCAAUAUGCUAUUUGUUGACCAAAACAAUCAGCUUCACCCAACAUCAUGAUCAAGGGACAACCAAUAUGAUCAUCGUCUUUACUCUGCCAUUUUAAGAACUGUUUCCUUUGUGCAUAAGUAGUAAAUAGUGGAAUUGGCUUCUAUUUAAAUUAGUGCCAACUCACAUUGAGAAAUGGUGCCUUUCUCAGAUACACACAAUGGUAUUUAUUCAUGUGCCUUUCUGAUCAUGAAUAGAGAGAAGAAAAUGUGCCUUUCUCAUUUUUAAGAAGGAAAUGAAAUGACUGAAGAAAUCUAUUAUAGGGUAUAUACUUUGUAUGUCUUUUGUUGUGGUUGGGAGAAUAAUACUUAAAUGAAUCAGAUCAUGGAAAUGCACAUUUUCUGUAUUAUUUUCAGAAUUUGCACACACAGUCAACAAUAAGCCUAUUGCAGUUUUAUUCGCCCAUGGAAUAACAUUCUUUUCUUCAAUUGUUAAUCAGAAGUCUGAAAUGAAUGUCAAUUGAACCUUAUUUAAAUAACAAAAUACACUAAUGCAUUUCAGUUUACUUUAAUUUGUGACUGAUGUUGGAAAGAGUGGUAGAAGCAGACCAAAAUAAAAGACAACUAAAAUGUUGUGUUAUGAUGACUUUUGAUACGAAUACUUCUGUUACAGUCAGUUACUUCUCACAGCCUCUUUUAUAGAAUAAGUCACCUUACUAUCUGAAUAUCAGGGAAGGAAGCAAGCUUAGUGUUUAACGUGUUAUCAGCAUUGAGAUGGUUAGAGAAGGGCAUAAGCUUGGAAUGGGGAGGGUAGUCAGCUAAGCGCCUGCAGAGGAACCAUCCUGGAUUGUGACAGAAGAAAAUUAAGGAAAUACCAGAGAACAUAAAUCUGCAUAGGCAAAUGGGGAUUUCAACCACCAUCACACUCCCCCCCUCCCAUUACAAGGCCAGCAUCUUAUCACUGUGCCACGUUGUUUACUGAAUCAUACAGGACAUGAAUUUGGUUCUCAAUAUUUCUCACACGUGGGAAGUAUGUCAAUCGGUUUUGUAAUACCAGAUGAGAAGUUGUAUGAGUAUAGAAACUACAUUGUUAAAUCUUUGAUGAAAGAUGUGAAAAGUAAUUUGGAUUUAAUUUUGUAGCAAGUAACAUAAUUUUGUUUCCUCGUAUGCCAAAGAGCCUUAU